GUUCGCAUGUCCCGACUGUGGCCGAAUGUACAAGCUCAAGUCGUCGUUACGCAACCAUCAGAAGUGGGAAUGUGGCAAGGAGCCGCAGUUCCAGUGUCCUUACUGUGUGUAUCGGGCGAAGCAAAAGAUGCACAUCGGUCGACACAUGGAGCGGAUGCACAAGGAGCGCUACUUCAAGGUGGAAGGCGACAAGGUGUUAGCACUAGACGACCCGACCAGCUUAGCGUUGGAUCUCAAUCACACGGUUUGA